CUUUCCAGCAGUAAGCCUUGUCUCGAGACUACAUGAUGGCAUUUGAGUUUGGUGGCCACAAAGGAAACAAACAGUGCACGAUCUCGAAGUGCUCCAAUGUCACCUUCUGAUUUUCUGGACAAACUAAUGGGGAGGACAUCGGGGUAUGAUGCAAGAAUCAGACCCAACUUCAAAGGUCCUCCAGUUAAUGUCACAUGCAACAUUUUCAUAAACAGCUUUGGCUCCAUUGCAGAGACCACUAUGGAUUACAGAGUAAACAUUUUUCUUCGUCAGAAGUGGAAUGAUCCUCGUCUUGCAUACAGUGAAUAUCCUGACGAUUCAUUAGACCUUGACCCAUCUAUGUUGGAUUCCAUUUGGAAACCUGACUUGUUCUUUGCUAAUGAGAAGGGGGCUAACUUCCACGAAGUCACCACGGAUAACAAGCUGCUAAGAAUUUUCAAAAAUGGAAAUGUCCUUUAUUCAAUAAGGUUGACAUUAACACUCUCCUGUCCAAUGGAUCUCAAGAAUUUUCCAAUGGAUGUACAAACAUGCAUAAUGCAACUUGAAAGCUUUGGGUACACAAUGAAUGAUCUCAUUUUUGAAUGGCAAGAUGAAGCCCCAGUACAAGUGGCUGAAGGACUCACUUUGCCUCAAUUUCUGUUGAAAGAAGAAAAAGACUUGCGGUACUGCACUAAACACUACAAUACAGGAAAGUUUACAUGCAUAGAAGUGCGAUUCCAUCUUGAGCGUCAGAUGGGCUAUUACUUGAUCCAGAUGUACAUCCCCAGCCUCCUGAUUGUUAUUCUAUCCUGGGUCUCAUUCUGGAUUAACAUGGAUGCAGCCCCAGCUAGAGUAGCUUUGGGCAUCACCACUGUACUUACUAUGACCACACAGAGUUCUGGAUCCCGGGCCUCCUUACCAAAGGUGUCAUACGUCAAGGCUAUUGACAUUUGGAUGGCGGUGUGCCUCCUUUUUGUGUUCUCAGCACUUCUGGAGUAUGCAGCCGUGAAUUUCGUCUCAAGACAACACAAAGAGCUGUUGAGGUUUCGGCGAAAGAGAAAGAAUAAGACAGAAGCUUUUGCACUGGAGAAGUUUUACCGUUUCUCAGACACGGAUGAUGAGGUGAGGGAGAGCCGAUUCAGCUUCGCAGCCUAUGGAAUGGGGCCCUGUCUGCAAGCCAAGGAUGGUGUGGUUCCAAAAGGCCCCAACCAUGCUGUCCAGGUCAUGCCAAAGAGCCCUGAUGAAAUGAGGAAGGUCUUCAUCGACAGGGCUAAGAAGAUUGACACCAUCUCCCGAGCCUGCUUUCCGCUAGCAUUUCUGAUUUUUAACAUUUUCUACUGGGUUAUCUAUAAAAUCCUUAGGCAUGAAGACAUUCAUCAGCAGCAAGACUAAGUCUCUGAAGGCAUACAGAAACAGAGCAUUCAGAAGAAAGAGUCCCUGACAAAGGAAUGGGGGGAGGGGUGUGAGUGUGGGUAUAAGCAUAUGGGGAAAGAGUUUAUUUUGAUUUCUUAUGUAAAAUAGCAAGAUAGAUUAGUUCUUUUAAGGGAUACAAAAUACACAUUGUAGGGUCCUGCUUCAUAUUCCUGACAAGUGAUUUGUUGUCUUCCUAGUGUGAAUGUGUGUUGAAUAUAUUUUACUAGCACAUAGAGUAACUACAUUGGGACGUCUUGAAUUUUAAUUCAAUUAUAGUAAACGCUGUGGAAUCAAGAUUUACACAAUAAAACUUAUAAAGCAAUUAUAGCAAAAUGAUGAGGAUAAUAAAAUAGCUUAAGAUAUACAGCAUAUUGAUGAAGGAAGGUAACCAGAUCAUUAAGUGUCAAGGUCACUCCUGCUAGAACACUAUCCAUAGAAACAGUGUAGAACUAACACCCAUAACAAAGAAAAUUGGAUGGUCAAAAUGAAAGCCAUCAUUUAGAACACUAUGGCUUAAGCAAUCAUGGUCAUAAUAUUCUACUUAUCUUUACACCACUAGGAAUGAAGAGGAAGAUAGUGAAGAUGGUCUUUGCUUGUAAAUAAGUGUUACAUUUAUUUUACUUAGUGCCAAACACUAAUGACUUUAAGCCAAUACAUGUGUUUUUCUUAAAUUUAAUAGUGGCUUAUUUGUAUGCUUGGUGUUUUUCUGUAACUAAACAAGAUCCAAUAAGACUUUUCUAUUUAGUGUAAAAUGAGACUUUAAAUAUUAAUUAAACUACAGCACUUACAUUUUGAUAAAAACAAAUACAAAUAAAUUCAUAAAAGAUUUUUAAUAAGAAUCAUUUCUCUCAUUGAAGUUUCUUCUCAUCAGAGUAAUCCAUGAGCCCAAAAUGUCUCCAAAUAGCAGGAGGAUGGGUUUUAAUUCUAAGUGAUUUUAACAUACCAGUUCCAUCAAGUGAGAUUAUUUUAAUCUUUAUAAGCUAAUGCAUUCAAAAUAGUAGGGACUCAUGAGUUGUGAAGAAUUAAAAGCAAUUUUGCUUGAAGUUUUUCAUGACCCCUGCAAUUAUUUAAACUGUAUUGAAGUUUUGUUAGCUCAAUCAUACAGAAGCUGUCAAGGUCUGAGUCAUUUACUAUUUUUAAUUAUUAUUGUCAUUCAUACUAUACUUUAAAACUUUUGGAAUGACUUUAAGAUAUUUUAAUUAUUGGCUAGUCUAUAAAAUGAUAUAUAAUGAAAAUAUCAAGAAUUUUAAAAAACAUGCAGAUAUGUUCUAGAGAAAUCAAUUUUUUUAACCCAAUGGUACUAUUUUCUGACCUUCAACAACUCCCAAAACUCAAAGCAGAAACUGCCAUUUAAAGCUAAAAGCUUUUCAAUAUCCCUGUAGUUAGGUUAGCCAACUAUAGAUUUUAAAAGUAUCUUUUUAAAAAGUAAUCCAUACUGAGCAGUGUUUGUUCAUAAAAGGUAAAAAUAUCACUUUUAUAAGUAGUUAACACAAGAUAAGAACAUUGUGUUUGUGAAUUUAUGCAAAGUCUACAAGUAAAAUAAUUCAUUACCAAGUACUCCCUCUGCCUGAACUACCCACUUGAAAACUGGAUAUACUUGUUCUCCUCUGAUGUCUAUGAGCCAAAACCAUAGAAAUAUAUUCAUGCAUUAUAUAUUAGAGCAAGAUAUGCUGCUUAUGCUGAGAGGUAGCCAGAGGGUUUGAAGUAAUGAUGAAUUAUAACCCUUUUCUAUACUUAAUAUAUCUCACUUCAAAAGUUUUCUAACAUUACUUAAAUUGAGUAAAUACUGCCAGAAGCAAACAGACAUAUAAUAAUCACAAACACACAUACAGUCUAGAGAAAAUUACAGGUGUGAUUAGCUUUCAUAUUUGAGGUCAUUAAAUGUCAUUUUCUUCUUCUUUUUUUUUUGAUCUCUGAAGUUGGAAAAUAAUGUAUCAGACAUGAGGAAAUUUGUCAAGAAUGACAUUAGUUCUACAGAAAUAUUGUUAUCUCAAACGUACAUUUCCUUAUCUUUCCGUAUAAAUAACUCUGCUUUCUAUUAUGUUUAUCCUGUCUUCCAACACUAAGAAAACGCUAAAAACACCUUCCUCUUACAAGGCAGCCAUUACAAAGUAAACAGGGCUGGUUGAAUCAAGAGGGCUUGAAAGAAUAUGCCCUCUCUGAUAAACUAAUGAGAUAUUACAGAGCCUUUAAAAUUAUAAUAGUAACAACAUCCUGAGGUAUUUACAUCAAAAUACCUGUAUCAAGUGAGAUUUAGAUCCGUAGUACUGAGGGUUGGAUCCAGGGUUUGUUACAUGUGAGGGAAGAGAUUACUAUUAAUGUAAUCUCCACAGCCCGAGUCCCAAACUGAAAUUAAAACCAGAAAACUAGCAAUGGGAAGAAAUAGUUUAAAAUAUUCAUCUAACCACCACUCAAUUAAUUAGGAGUUUCAGUGCAAACUCUCCGAAGUAUUCAAAACUAGCCAUAUUACAACUACUGGGGGUGGUGGUGGGGGGAGCAUG